GCAGCCCUGGUCUUGUGUGGAUUCUUUUCAUUUAAUUUAGUUGAUUUUCUGAAUAUUAUCACAUAAAUGGCCCCACCGAAAGCCAACAACAACCGUCCGACUGGACGUCGCAAAAAGUCCAGCAACCUGUUGCAGACACUGCUGGACAAAUACCUGAAUAUGGGCUUUCUCAAGUACCUGGUGCUUGAGCCGGCCGCCUUGCCAAUAAUUAGUGUUCUGAUUGUUUUGGCGGAAGCGGCUAUCAAUGUGUUUGUGAUUCGCCGCGUGCCAUAUACGGAGAUCGAUUGGGUGGCCUACAUGCAGGAGUGUGAGGGCUUCCUGAACGGUACCACCAAUUAUGCCCUGCUGCGCGGUGAUACUGGUCCCCUGGUGUAUCCGGCGGCUUUUGUGUACAUUUACUCGGCUCUCUACUAAGCUAAGCGCCGAACAGCAAUCCUUUCUGAAUGCCUUCGAAAAGACACUACAAAAGUCAUCGGGCGGCAAGGCAGCGGCUCCACCAGCUCCCGCUCCCGCUCGGGUGGAGUCCGAGCGCUAUGGCAUCCACUUUGAUCGGUGCACGCAACUGGCCCUGCUGCCCUUCUUCCUGUGCAACUUCAUCGGCGGGCCUGCUCCCGCUCGCUGCACUAUCAAUUUUACGUUUGGUACUUUCACUCGCUUCCGUAUCUGGUCUGGUCCACGUCCUAUACCCUGGGCGUGCGCUAUCUCAUCCUGGGCAUCAUCGAGUACAGCUGGAACAGCUAUCCCAGCACUUAUCUGUCCAGCUCGGCCAUGCAUCUCUGUCACCUCGUAUUGCUUUUUGGUGUGGCCCGUCAGAUCUUCCAGACCAUGCGGCUGAAUGCGGCGACCAAGCAGCAGCAGCAACAGCAGAAGAAAGUGCAAUAACUAGUCAUACAGUAGUGAUCCAAACUGUACUUGUAACCAAAUUUAAUGAAGCUUAAAAUAUUUAUGGAUG